AUGGAAAGGAAACCAGAAAAGAAUAAAUAUUCGGGGUGGGAGAGGAAGAGAUUGAAAGAAAUUUCAGAUCGCCAACAAUCGUCAUCCAAAUGUGUCAAACUGGAUACAUAUUUUUCAAGCUGUAUGCCUUUAACUGCUACAACAAUACAACCAGAGGUUGAUGUGUCUCAAGAUACCCAAGUACAAAAUGUACAAGCAACAACAUCAUCUAAUAUGCAGAAUCAAGUCGUCGAGACUCAAGACAAUAAGGUAAUGUCUAUAGACAUUUUAGAAGACACACAUUUAGAAGAGGAUAUUGACAGUACAAUGCCAGUCAAACUUAAAGCUAUAAUCGAUAUAAAUCUGGAAUAUCCUACAGAUCCUUUUUUGUUUUGUGAAACACCCGUAACACCGGAUCUGGUACGUGCAUUACUUGAGUUUGGUCCUUGUCAACCAGGCCUCAAAGAUACUUAUAAAGAUUUUCCCAAAAAUGGAUUGGCGUUUAGGGGCCAUCGUGAAUCCCAAGGUUUAGGAGAAGCUACAUUAAAUGAAGGCAACUUUUUGGAACUUAUUAAACUCAUUUCUAAGAAAGAUGAUUUGCUAAAACAACAUUUACUUUUCGGUGACAGAAAUGCAACAUACUUAAGUCCGGAUAUGUUACUGAACAUGGAGACGCCAUCGAAAGAUUUAUCCAAUUUUGUGAGCUUCCUGAAGCUAGUGCAGAGGUUUUUUUUUAAAACGCCUCUUACAGCAGUCACAGACUUAGGGCUGUCAAUGACCAUGUGCUAUGGUCAGUCCUACGAUGGAGCAAACACCAUGUCUGGUGAAAUAUCGGGCGUACAAAAACGAGUUAGAGAAAUAGCUCCACAUGCACUCUUCACACACUGCUGUGCUCAUAAUUUAAAUUUAAUUCUCUUAGAUGCUGUUUUGUCUAAUAUUCAAACACAGCUGUUUUUUGGAGUUCUGGAAAGCAUAUAUACAUUUUUUACCGGAAGUCUACCUCGUCUUUCUAUAUUGCAAGAGGAGCAACGCAACAACAUAGAAGCAUUUUCAUUAACACUGAAACGACUUAGUGAUACAAGAUGGGCUUCUAGAAAGACAGCAGUAGAUUCUAUAUUGCAGAAUUUACCAGCACUUGUUCUUGCAUUGCGAAGAAUAGUUGACGGUGAAGUUAAAAACUCUACUUCUAAACAGAUUGCCGAAGGAAAGGGAAUUCUUGUUACAAUAGAGACCUUUGAGUUUUUAGUUGUUUUAAUGUUUUGGAAAAGAAUUCUGCAUAAGGCUUUUAACGUAUCCAUUUAUUUACAGAAGAGUAGCAUUGAUAUGUUAACAGCCUUUCGAUUAAUUCAGAUUUUUGAAAAUGAGAUGAGUAGCUGGAGAAAUGAAUUUGAAUCAGAAUUUGAGCAGAUUGAGAACGAAGCCACUGAGCUCGCUGAGAAAUGUGAUAUCCGUACGGAGUAUAAGAAACACAGAUGUGUCUUCCAAGUUUUGUUGCUUAGACCCAAAAAUUUAGCAUUAGAUGACAGUUUAAUACAGUUGGAGCAAUUAGCAGUGACGUACUCGGAUGUUGUUGACAGUGUAACUGAAAUAGUGCAGGAAUUCGUAUCAUUUAGAACAUUUUACCAAGAGGUUUUUAGUGUAAGCAGUGUAAACAAGGGAGUUUCAACUGAAAAAGAACCUCUAGAAAUAGCGGUGACAGUAAACAGCAUUCUGAAAUUCAUGAUAGCUAAUGACUUGUGUUCCAUGUAUCCAAACCUGGCCACUUUGUAUCGUAUAUUUCUGACUUUACCAAUAAGCAGUGCCGGAGUAGAAAGAUCCUUCAGCCGUCUUAAACUCCUGAAAACAUACAUUCGUUCUACUAUGAACGAAGACAGGUUGUCCAGCUUAGCCCUGAUUACGAUUGAACGACAAUUAGCUUCUGAUGUUGAUUUAAAAGACGUAAUUGAUCAUUUUGCUAAAAUGAAACCUCGACGAAAAAGGAUGUUGUAG